ACUCUUAUUACUUUUUUGAUUGAUCAUUGGGCUACUCAAGAGAUGGCUCCAUUUAUCGGAGAUAUAAUAAUUAACUCAACAAAUAACCCCAAUGAACCAUAUGAAAAACGGUUCAAAAAUUACGACACAUCGAAUCUGCUACCAUGUAAAGCAGAAUUAAAACAACAAAUCCUUCGUACUCAAUACAUCACUAGCAUUUGGCAGAAUGCGCAUUUACGUUUCCCAAGUACUUUGGCACCAACUAGGAAUGGUUGGGACCUUCAAGAUGGGAAAUUUGAAUUUUAUUGGUUUGAAGGAGAUUGUAUGCCUUUAUCCAUUAUGGAUGCUUCAAAAGCAGAAAACAGAAACGAAAAACAAAAUACAAUGAUUUCAGAAGAUAUCGACGAAAUUACAGCUUACAGCAGAGCCGGACAUUGUUACGGCCAGCGUAACUACCCUUUAUUAUUAACAAAUAAUUUUAGGACUGUUAAAAUACACGCUAAGAAAAAUUAUAUUCAAGAUAAAUAA